AUGGCUGGUGUAAACAUGGAGGGGAUGAGCGUGGAGGAGAUGUUGGAAGUGCAGAGGGCCCUGGACGAGAAGCUGCGAGCCGUGGCCGGGAGCUCGGAAAGCCGACGCCGACGAAGCGAGCCGGGGCGAAACUCAGAUGGCGGGUUUAUUCGAUGUGACAGCGACAACUCCGAGUCCAGCGAUGACAACCUCUCGCCGAACGCGGCAUCUGUGGACGGUUUGGAAGUCACGGUGCGGCUUCUGGGCACAGGGGUGGACUUGCCCUUCUGCGUACCCAGCACUACCAGUGUUGAAAGGCUUCAGCAAGAGUUGACCGCACUCGGCGAGUGCUGUGCGGACGCAGACCUGUGGAUGCAGAAGGGUAAGCUGCAGCCUCAGGAGUUGCUGCAGGAUGGGGCCCAACUGUUCCUGCCCAGCCAAGAGGACUUGUUGCUGCUGUCGAUGUUUCCCGAACACAUCAGGUGCAAGAUCAACCCUUCGACCUUGGUGGACGUUGCACUGGACCUUGGCCGCCCCCCGCUUCUGCACGAGCGCGAUGCCAAGGGUUCCAUGCGCCGGCGCGAGGUGUCGAGCGCAGUGCUGACACAAGCUGAGCUGGACGCGAUCGCAGGGCACGAGCUUCUUGAAGGGCGCUGGAGUUCUGAUGACCGCUCGGGGGUGUCUGGGACGCUGCACCGGGUGUGUCGCAACAUCGACUCGCUGGACUCGAGCGUCGUGGGCAUCACGAUUCGCAUGGCGCGGCCCAUGUAUCACAUGACCCGGCACAUCCAGGAAUUGCAGGAGAUCCUGCGCAACAAGAAUUCGUUCGCCAAAGUGUGCCACCCCUCCGUGGGGCGUUGGACACGCCGCAAACUGGUGGCAAAGCGGGAGCGCCAGCAUCAGGAUAUGCUCGAGACUGUCCAGAAUCACACGCCAGAGGUGCUGGUGAUCGACGAGAUUGGGAGCCGAGAGGAGGUGGAGGCCGCGAGCUCCAUCGGCUUUCGGGGCGUGGCCUUGGUGGCCACCGCGCACGCCCGCUCUCUCAAGGAUGCCAUGGACAACCCCACGUUGCAGCCUUUGUUCGGCGGCUUCGCAGACAGCACCGUCUCAGAUGAGACGAUGCGAAGAACAGGGCGUGGCAAGAACCUGAGGGAGAGGAAGGGGGAGCCUGUGUUCAAGAGUUUGGUGGAGCUCAGCGAUGUGGGCGACCAGUGGCGGAUUUACCCCAGCGUCGCAGAUGCCGUGGAUGCCACCCUGGCCAACAAUCCGCCGCGCUCUGUGCUGGCAGAUGCGUCCUUUCAGGGGCGGUCGCGCCCUUCGCGGAAAGCGUUCUUCACGGCCACGACCGAGACUUCGUCGCGGGGGGAUGUGGAUGCGGUGGGUGCCGAAGCCAAGCGGCGCACAGAGACCUCAGGCCGCGCCUACCGCCUCUGCUUCGAUGGAGGGGUGCACAGCACUGGGCGGCCCGGCGGUGCCGGCGCCUUGCUGCGGCGAUUGCGGGCGCGCACGGGGAAAGCGAUCAAGAGGCCUGCUGCGGAGUGGAUGCUUUGCACUCAGCAGCCCACCAGCGCUCCUCAGAUGGAGUACGCAGCCCUGCUGAUUGGCUUGCGGGGCACUCUGGACAUCCUACAUCGACUGCAGCCAAAGCCUCUGAGCAUCUUCAUUGAGGGAGACUGCAGAUUUGUGGUGGACCGACAUCAAGGGUCGCAACCAGUGCCUAUCCAGCACGAGCACCCUGAAGUCGCGCGGACGCUGCAGCAAUUCACUGUGCUCGUGGACGAGGCGGUCGAGAGUCUGCGGGAGCAAGGCGUGGAGGUGGGCUGCCUGUGGCGCCGCAGGGGACGCAACCGGGCGGCGGGCCGCCUGGCGCAGGAGGCGCGACGGAGACGCCGAGACGACAUUGAGGAGCGCUGCUUCAGCCAGGACGAGCGCCAGUUGCUGCUUUUCGAGCCACACUUGAUACCCACGCGGUGGCACAUCCAGGAAGUCCACCCGUGCCUGCGCCUGGAGCGCGUCAGCCAGGGUGCGGGCGGCGCAUCCCUAGCAGCCGAGCAGUGCAGGGAUGGGCUUGAAGCUGACACCCUUCAGCGCGGAUGGGUCCUUCAGCUUCACGGUGCAAGUGGAAGGGUGGGCUUCUUCUUUCCUUCUUGGCAUUACGCCUUCCUCAGCGCCGUCCUUCAAUGA